UUGCAAAAAAACAAUAAUGCGUGACUCGAAAUGUGACUUCUUUUACACCCCUCUCUACCUUGGGCAGAAGUAAGAAAAUAUGUACUCUAGGAGAAAAAUGGUAGAAACCAAAACUGUAGAGAAUUAUAUUUUCUAUGGCGUAUGAAGCUCCUGCAGCAUCUGGUAGUCUUCAUGAUCUGGUCGAAACAGCAGCCCUUGGUAUCACCCAACCACGGUCUUGGUUUGACGCUGCAGUUCGGUGGUAGGACACGGAAAGUUAGAACAGGCGUAAAUAUGAGCAACGAAAAUACACGUGAAUCAACGGUCGCUGUGAAACAUGUCGAAGACCAGAAAAAUCCUUACGCAUAUUUGGACAGAGCUGACUUUACUUCGGAAAAAUUUAAGAUAGAAGUACGCGGUCUCCCGAAGUAUUACGGUAUUAGCGAAUUCAAGAGGCUCUUAACUGAAAGGCUGGAGUUACGUUUAAGUAAAGUGAAGCCACCGAAGCGAGGCAGUGGUUGGGUGUACGUCUGUUUUCGCAACGAGGAGGACCGUAAAAAAGCCAUCGCUGCCAUAAAUGGACUAUCUUGGAAAAACUCCAAGCUCACAGCCCAGUCAGCGAAACCUGCUCCAGAUCCAUUUGUCAAACGGAAAAUGGAAAGAGAGGAAGAUUCAAGCAAGAAGAAAAAAAAGGAUGAUGACGCUGACGCAAUUCCACCAGCUGAGAGAAUUAAAAUGAGUACUACACCUUUGUGGGAUAUGCCUUAUGACGAUCAGCUGAAGUUAAAAGAGAAUGAGAUAAAGUCCGUGCUGAAAAAAUUGGGGCAACAGAUGAGUAAGGAAAACAGUGAUCUCACUGAUUGGAUUGAGUCGCAAAAGGGAUUACACCAAGGAUUAUUGUGCGACGUACAACCGAUACUUAGAGCAGAUAUGAUAGAUGGUUACAGGAACAAGUGUGAGUUUACAAUUGGAAAAAGUGAAAUGAGUGGCACCGUUACAAUCGGAUUCAGAUUAUCCAGUUACGCAGCAGGAUGCACCGCAGUCGGUCCUGUUGAAGAUCUUAAACACAUUCCUCAACGAAUGAUUGAUGCUGUUAAAGUAUUUGAGGGAUUUGUUAGAAAAUCAAAAUUGGAUGUAUUUGAUCCAGUAAAUCACAGUGGCUACUGGAGACAAGUUACUGCACGAACUUCACGAUCAGACCAAUUAAUGCUGAUUGUAACGAUACAUCCUCAAGAUCUAAACCAAGGUCAAUUAAUCCAACUGAAAGCCGAAAUUCGGGAAUUUUUUAACAGCGAUGAAGGUGCCAAAGCAAAUGUCACUUCACUUUAUUUUCAAACAAUUACAAGAAGAGAUGUGGGUGGUGAAGGCGGUAUCAUCUUAGAUCAUUUGAGCGGAACAGAAUACAUAGAAGAAGAACUACUAGGCAUGAAGUUUAGAGUAUCUCCAAGAGCUUUUUUCCAAAUCAAUACCUUGGGGGCCGAGGUACUGUAUAAAGCAGCCAUUGAUCUCGCCCAGCCAACAUUGGAUACUACGGUUCUAGACGUUUGUUGUGGCACAGGAACUAUUGGCAUUUCAUUUUCAAAAUACUGCGGUGAAGUCUUGGGUUUGGAAAUGAUAGAUGAUGCAAUAAAAGACGCUAAACAAAAUACUUUGACAAAUGGCAUAACAAAUUGUGAAUUUUUCGUUGGCAAAGCGGAAGAUAUUUUGUCACCGGUUAUUCAACGUGCAACUAAACAUAAUCUCAUUGCCAUAGUUGAUCCACCACGAGCUGGUCUCCAUCAACGAGCCUUGAUAACUUUACGAAAGGCAAAAAGACUGCAUAAAUUAGUAUACAUUUCAUGCGAUCCAAAAGCUGCGAUUAAAAAUCUAAUAGAUCUAGCACGACCAACAUCAAAGCAAUAUCAGGGUGAGCCGUUGAUUCCAAUUAAAGCUGUGCCGGUUGACAUGUUCCCAUAUACUAAACAUUGCGAACUUGUAAUUUACUUAGAAAGGUUCUCCAAAGCAAAAGCAGCUGGCAAUCAAACUGGAUGAUUGCAUUAAAAGUGCAAUACAAAUUCUACAUAUUAUAUAUAUUCGAACUGUUUGUAGAUUUUUCAAAACAUAAAAAAUUGAAAAAUAAAUUUUAAAUAUACCGUAUUAUUCCGAAUAUAACCCGAAUUUUUUUUGUCGUUAA